AUGAAUCUCUUCGCGUCCUACGGUCUCUCCAUACUGGAGUAUAUUAGCUCCGGAAAGUAUUAUGCUUUAACGGAAGAAUCAACAACUGUAAGGAGUAAAGCAUGGGAAUUCAUUCAUGAGUUCGGAGUAUGUCUGCAAUCUUUUUCAAUGUUAUUGUUUUCCAUGGAGAGGUACGCAGCCAAUAAGUAUCCUGCAUUUCACGAAAGUCCAACUUUUCUAUGCUGUAUAACGGGUUCAAUCGUAAUUUCUUUGUUGUUAUCUUUUUGUUUCAGUUUGGCAGUUCAUGUGUACGAGCACCUGAUUUUAGCAACAUUGCUCAUGGAGUUUUCUGAUUACUUAGGAUUGAUUAUUCUGAUUUCAGCCUGGAGGAGUAGCAAGAGAAAUUAUAGGCUGUCGGCUGGGAAGGCUAGUCUAAAAAGGAGAUACCAGAUGUCUGAAGUUUACGCCUGGACAAAUACCUUACUUCCUGCAGUAGUUGGAGCAUCUGUAUUCAAAGUUCUGUCAAUGGUUCCUAUCUGGACGUGGCUACUACUAGAUCUCUCAAACUGGGAGUACGGUAUCGCAAAUUUUCUGUAUAAUAAUAUUUUGAAUGUAUAUGUGUGCAUAUUUCCAUGGGUGCUGAUAGCAAGAAGUCAAAGUUUGAAGAAACAAAUUUUAUCGAAGAAACGAGUGAAACCAGACGUGGAAUCUAUGAGAUCUGCCUCUUCUGAAUCCGUUGAGUUGGAACAGGUGCCGGUGGAACAUUGUAUUCAAGUCGUCCAUUCAUGUUCGAAGAUCUCAAAUCCAGGAUUGCAGUGCAGGAACAUGGUGGCAUCCCUCGCAUUGAGAACUCGAUACCAUUCCCAUCCGAUGACGACGGAUUUCCUCCGGAUUCGCGUAGUUUCUUGCGUUUUUCUUCAUGAUGUACGCUCUUCGUUGUUGAUUCGGAGUGAAUGCUUCGUUUUUCAUGACACUUUCAAACAUAUGGAACAUAGUCAGCUGAUAUUCAUCUUCCAAAUCUUGAAGUCCUUUGCGAAGAGGGAAAACCAUAUUGUUGAGAGUUUCAAUGCAACGAAAAACGAGAGCAGGAAUGUUAUCAUCAGAGAUCAUUUGACUUGGAACAUUGAAUCCAUCAAUGAUAUCAGCGGAUGUCUUACGAUUUCCACCGUCAUACUUGAUGAAUGGACUCCAGAGUAA